AUGAGAAAAAAAAUUGAGAUACUCAGACUAUUCAUGGACAAAAGUUGCGCUGAUUGGUAUAGUUCUAUGAUUAUAAAAUUAACACUAAACUCAGAGUGGUCUAUAUGGAAAAAUAAAUUCUGUGAAUCAUUUGCAAAUCAAGGCUGGAACCAAGUGACUUAUGCGUUGUUAUUUAAGUACAAGGAUGGUUCAUUGGUGGAUUAUGCUAUAAAAAAAGAAAAACUUUUACUGGACAUGAGAACAUCAAUAGAUACAGAGAUAUAUGGAGUGUAUGAUUCAGGUUCGAAUGUUUCUCUAAUUAAUUCAAAAUUACUAAAAUUAAAAAACGAGAAUAAUAAUGUAAAUGAACAAAAUUUAGUUACAAUUAAUGGUGUUAAAAAAACUUUUGGUUUGACGAAGCUAAAAAUUAAAAUUUUCGAAAUAGAAGAAAAAGUAGAUGUUUACAUUAUCAAUGAUGCGCAUUUCAGAUAUGAUUUUUUAAUAGGAUUAGACAUGAUAAAAACAUACAAAUGCUACAAUCUUACCAAAGAGCUAAGUGAAGACUGUAUACACAGUGACUGGAUCAGAGAUAAAGAAAGAGCUCUUAAUAAUACUCUGAAAUCACACUACUAUAACAAAAUGUGCUAUGAUGCAAAAAGAAAAAAUAGAGAAUUUAAAGUUGGAGAUAUGGUUUAUGUCGAAAAUGGGAAUAAAUUAAAUCGAAAAAAACUAGAAGAACUACGAAUAGGACCAUAUAAAAUAGAAAAAAAAAAUCAGAUACCAUUUAUGAGAUAG